UCUGUGGCGAUAUGGCUGUGUCGUCUCCGCUGUUUCCUGAAGUCAAACGGGCUCUGUGGACAGACAGCAGGACAGAACCUGCCGCAGUGUGCUGCUGAGACCUCCAUUUUUUAAAAUAAGAACGGGGCUUGAUGGGCGACAGGAGUCUACCAUGGACUGCUCACAUGUGUACUCAGAUACACGUCCUGAAUCCUGAAAAUCCAGAAAACUGCUGAACAUCCCAUCAUCCUGGAGCCUGGAGACGGUGUGAGCUGGACAGGUGUGUGUUGUAUCUGUGUGUCGGGGCAGCCUGGCUGCCUGCUGCCUUUUGAUGAAUGAAGAGCUCUCCGGGACACAGAGGCACAGCUGAUGCAGGGCAUGCAGGUGUUUCUGAUAAUAUGAUGAAGAAAAAGAAUCCCCAUAAGAAACACAAGAGCAGUUUGAGUCCCAACUCCAAGGUUCUAAUGCAGCCGCAGCGGAACAUCGUGGGCUGCAGGAUCCAGCACGUGUGGAAGGAAGGAGGGGGGGGGCAUGCGGUGUGGAAAGGAACUGUUCUGGACCAGGUGCCAGUGAACCCGUCGCUCUUCCUGAUAAAGUACGAUGGUUUCGACUGUGUUUAUGGUCUGGAGCUCCAUAAAGACGAGAGGGUUCAGGGACUGGAGGUGCUCCCCGACAGACUGGCUAAGCCCCGUGUAGCAGACGUCAGCCUGGCGGACACCAUGAUAGGGAAAGCUGUGGAGCACAUGUUUGAGACUGAGGAGGGCCCAAAGGAGGAGUGGAGGGGGAUGGUGCUGGCCAAGGCCCCCAUCAUAACUACCUGGUUCUACAUCACCUACGAGAAGGACCCGGUCCUCUACAUGUACCAGCUGCUGGAGGACUACAAAGAGGGAGACCUCCGCAUCAUGCCCGACUCCAACGACAGCGUCCCGUCAGAGAGGGAGCCCGGGGAGGUGGUGGACAGUCUGGUGGGGAAACAGGUGGAGUACGCCAAGGAGGACGGCGGCAAACGGACAGGCAUGGUCAUCCACCAGGUGGAGGCCAAGCCCUCUGUCUACUUCAUCAAGUUCGACGACGACUUCCUUAUUUACGUUUACGACCUGGUCAAAACUUCGUAGAACUUUGCAGGCAUCUUGUGCGCCGCCCCACCUUACUAACAGAAAGCAGCACAUGAUGAUGAUCCUCAGAGCAGCAGAGACAAAAAGAGAUGUGGUGGAUAGUUUCUGAGGAUUGGCUUGUUUCCGGAAGCUUUAAAUGGAAUGAAACAAACACCUGGGACCUUUACCCAUGACCCUCCCAGACCCCUAACAUAUAGCUAGACAAAGUCCUUAAUACAUUUCUGAAAAUGUUGACUAAUAAUUCUGUUCUCCAGAAAACAUUUCAAAAGCCUUCAGCAUUCUGUGGCAGCGAGACACGAUUAUAUUUACAAAAAGUAUCUGACCCCCUAAAUCCCCUUUUGACCUCCAAGACCUCCUCACACCUGAAGGAAGUACAUGUCAUUGAAUUGUGGUCAUAUCCAUCUCUUCUGUUCUAAAGAAGGAAAUGUAGACGAGCUGCUGGCAGCAUGGACUCAGGACUGAAGGUCUACAAGAUAUGUUGAAAUGUGUCCUACAACAGGUAUGACACCCGGCCACAGAGAGGUAAACGGACCGGACACUGAGAAGUAAGAAGUUAAGUCUGGAGCGGGCUGGUGAAAAAGGCUUCAAAAUGAGACCUGAGGGAGAAUUCUCAGAAAACAAAACUUAGCAAAUGCAAUCAUGAUGUAAAUAAGCUGGUGUUUGAUUCUGGAAGUCUCCGAACAGCACUACUUUGUGUUGAGUAAGCACUGUCCUCUGUCUCAUUCAGGACUGGCAUCGCAACUGGAAGCCCAUUCCUGCCCCAAAAAGAAAAAGAUUAGGAUGAAAGUUAGAAAAGAAGAAAGCCAAAGCAGUUAUCAGAUGAAAAUGAUGGCUUGAUUAACGCAACAAUGAGACAGUCAUUAUGUCCUUAUUUCUUAACCUUUUUUCAAUGUUCACUUUGAAUAUGUCUUGAUCUCCUUAUUUUAGCUUAAUAUUAACACACAUUUAAGUUGGUGGGCUUAAAACCUUUUAUUGAUUUUAAAAUAAAUUAUAAUUCAAAACUAAAAUAUGAUGUCAUAAAUCAGAUUUAUCAAGCUGUUAUUGUUUAUCAUUUCUGACAUGUCAUCUAUUUAUUCUUGGCUGAAAUGGGAUUCCAUAUGACUCAGCUCCAUACGACAGGAAACAGCACACACUGAUGUAAUGUGAUCUGAGCUUCAGCACAGCACCACGCUGCAUUCAGGGCCCUUUGUCUGGUUUCUAUAUAAGUCUUUGGAUUGGCUCUUGUCUGUUCAGUGAAAUGAAAGCCCUCCCUGUCCAUGUUUUAAUGUUAAAUAACAGAUGGACAAACACCUGGAUUUAUUUGGUUCUUCCUUUUCGAUCUUCUUGAUCUCUGAACACAGACUUGUUAAAGGAAACAUGGUUUGAUGCAGUUACAUCUUGGGAGAUAAUAAUAAUCCAUGGACAGCUCAUGAUGAUGUCACACUCAAACUGUCUCCAGAAGAUUAGCAGUUCCAAUCUAUGGACACAGUGAAGUGUUCUGUCUCGGAGGCAUCAGUGGUUCAAUCCACUUUAAAGCAUCAAACACAGAGCAGAUGGUGGUGUGUAUGGUGGUGUGUAUGAAGUGACUUUUCCUUUUAUACAAAUGUACAUUUUAUUUUAUUUGGAUAUCCUUGAACCUGAAGGUUUUUCAUACAGCGUGUAAAGAUGUAAAAGGCUUGUAUUUGUUCUUGAAUGUUGAAUUUGAAGGUAAGAAGAAUGAAUCCCAAAUAAAUAAUGCAUUUUUGGAUGAAAAUAAGAAUUCUGGGAGGCCUUCAUGAAAACAGAUGAGUAGUGAAAAUAAUGUCAGUUUGAGACUUAAGGAUCAUUUUUCAUUACAACAGAGCUACCAGAUUAAUCAGAAUUAUGAACACAUUUUGCAGAGCAGCAGGAGGGCAGCCCACUGACCUGGUUCUUUGGUUUUGUAUGUUUUAAUGUAUGUAUGGAAACCCUGACAUGGUGUGCUUUGUCUUCGUUUGGUCAUGCCAUGAUAUUAGUUAAGUGUCCUGGUGACAGGAGCAUGUUAAUACACACACACACACACACACACACACACACACACACACACACACACACACACACACACCCCCUAUGGUAUUGUGUUAAGUGUAAUUUUCUGUAUGGAGAAUAAAUAUAAGAGGCAAGCUAAACGGACACCAGUAAAUGGAAAAGGAAUGGACGGAGUUUAGAUGGAGACUUUGUAUCUGACUUUUAUCCACCUGGCAAGUUAAGUGUGCGUCAAUCACGACCAGAUAGCGAAUCCUCAGUGGCUCUACAACACUCAUUCAAAAACCAAAGUGUUUUUUAUUACCUUUCCUUCUUGUCUCCCUUCUUCAUUAUGAAGCCGCACACCUCGGCUCAUGCCCGAUGUUGGUCAGGAAGUCUUCGAUGGUAUGUGAAGGACUAGGUAUUUCAGUUUGAUUCUUCAAAACAAAGCGAGCAGCUCAUGAUGUCCCUGACAGGAAACGCUCACCUUGCCGUUAAGGCAGUUGCGCAGCCUCAUCAGAGGUCAUCUGGUUCCCUCAGACAGCUUGCCCAGAAUCUUCACUCUGACCUGAGGAACAAAUCGGAGACCUUCAUCACCAAGACCCAACUCUCACCAGCCCCACAGAGCGUUUCAAACAAUGACAUCAAGUGCUCCUUCACUCUGGACUGAGAUGCUGUGAUCUCAGCUCAUGGCCUUUCCUUCCUGCCAGUAAAUUGUGUAAUUUCCACUUUGAUCUUUAAUAUUUAUAUUCAUGCUUUUUAUUAAUAUUAAGCUAGCUUUGGCUCUUGCUGUAACAAUGUAACUGUCCCCUCUGUGGGGGAACCAAGGUAUUCUGAUUCUCCAGCUGAACAGUGAGAGGACACUCCAGUCCUUGAAUACCCCAAGAAGCAUAAAUACAGCUUGAUAAAUCUAAGCUGCUCAAAAAGGUCCAGAGCCUCAAAUGAAAGCUCAUGCAAUGAACAUUUCUUCUGAAAAGAAUACUGUGCAGACUGUUCACUUGUUGUAGCGCUGACACACACUAAAUAACCACCUUUUAGAAAUGUUUCUUCAGAUUGUUAUUGUUCAGUUAUGUUGGUGUGGAGAACACACACGAUGUGUUCUAAGCCUCUGCUACAACUGUAGUUCUUUCCUCCCUUGGUGGGUCAUUGGCACACCUUUCUGCUGCUCCUUUAUUCCCAGCUGUUUUACACCAUGAGGUUGUAAAAUGCUGAAGGUUCCUGUUUUAAAGUGGACUGAUUACAGUUAUAGGUUUUACUGGUUGACUAUAUUCAACUUGGGAGAUUCAAAGUGUUUCUCAUUUGAAUACACUACUGCUUUAAAGAAUCUGAAUGUAUGACUAGAUUGAUAAUUUGUUCAAUAAAAAAAAAUAUAAACUCU